AUGGCCGCUAACGCAGAUGAUGGGGCCAUCUGCUUCAUAGAUCGCAGGUCUGCUGUAUCAGGUGCUGCAGGGGCAUGGGGCGUGAGCAACCCGCCCGUUGAUGAGCUUCCAAAACUGAGGCAGAUGUCUCACACGGCCCGGGGAAUCUGGCGUCGCGUUCGUCCAGACGGCGAGGGUCUUGGUAACUUGAAGUACUUCAUCGUGAGCCAGGUCGUCAACGCAGAAACGGAGCAUCUCAUCGCGGAUGCCCUCAAGACAUACAGGCUUCAGGCGCGCCAGACUGAAUUGUCUGAAUGGCCAGGAGUGACGUGGGCUGUUGAGACUCAGGAAGGAGCAGCUAUGCUUGGCUCACCGAAUGGCCUUGCAAUCGGGUACUUCCUAUCGCAGCACAAGGCGCAGCUCGGCGGCAAUAAGUAUGUCCACCAGGUACAAGUCUACACCGAAAACGAAGGCGGGGAUCCUUACAUGGUGUUUCACGUCAAAGACGCACCACCGGCGAUCUUAAAAGCUGGGUUACGAGGCGGAAAUGGCCAGGCGCAGCCGCACAGUGGUCAGACCAUCGUCAUCAAGAGAUGCUCUUUCACCUUCACUGUUCUUCACACUCGUGACAUUGAGCGUAACGCGCUCCCGGUCGUACCUUCCCUCCCGCAGCAGUAUACAACAACCAACAGCACCACACUCACCAAAAUCUUCGGUGCCUCGCCCACUGUCACAAGUGAUGCUGGAAGGACUCAGCUUGCUCCACGCGCCGACUCACCUCCACCAGCGAAACGCCCGGAACCAAACUCAAACUCGCCCGCUGAGUCACAUUCAGAAUGGGACAAGCACGUGUGCCGCGGCGAGAAGCUCACCCGAGCUUCAAAAUUGGACAAGGACAAGGCAGAAGCGUUUGCUCUGCCCAUUAGCACUAAAUGGUCUGGCAAUCUCGAGACUGAGCGCAAGCUGUGGGGCUACUUCGACAGUCCAGAUCCCGACUGCGAUCUCGAAGGCUCGUACUACGACAUCACGAAUGCGCUGGAGGCACUUGGCGUUGAGAAGAGCGAGUGUUUUCGCACUCAACAUUACGAUUCGGAGGGAGAAAUCAGCAUCAAGGACCAGACGUACAAGGUUGGAGAGAAGGAAUACCGUGCUACCGGCGCACAUGGUACUUUCGCUAUCAAUGUCGAGGAAGGAGCUGUGUUCCUCAUCGAUGUGGCGUCCGCUCCGCGCAAGGCAGCGCAGCUAUGGGGCGUUGAUGCGGCCGCGAAGGACCAGCUUCCUGAGUUGAUCCAGAUAUCUGAUAUCGCAUGGGGCUUCUGGCACCAAGCUCAUGGCGGCUCAGACCUUGGACACAUUACCAAGUUCGUCGUGCCGCAGAUCAUCAACGACAUCACUAUCCGUCUGAUAAAUCAGGCGCUUGAGACGUACAACGUUCCUGAUGGUGAAGAGCGACACAACACAGUACCUGAAUGGCCUGGCAUCUCCUUCAAGAUUGAUACUCCAGCAGGAAAGGCUCUACUAGGCUCUCCCAUCGGAAUCCCUACCGCGUACUUCUUGUCCCAACAUAAGUCAGAGAUAGGAAAAAACAAGUACGUGAGUAGGGUCACUGUGUUCCGUCCAGAUGAGGAUACUGGAUCGGACGAGCCAUCAAUCAUAUACUAUGUCGAAGACGCCCCAGCGCCUUCACAAGGGGACCAAAAUCCAGAUCAAGACCCUGAGAAGAACUCCGAACACACUGAAGGCCACAUCCGUCGAGAUCUCGUGCUGACGACAGAUGAUCUCGUGUCGACCACAAAGAAGGAUUCCUGGCAUGACUGCGUAUGCCGUGGAGAGAAGCUCACGCAGGCGUGCAAAGCCGACACAGAUAAGGCAGCUCAAAUCGUAACCCCCAUCAAUACGCCAUGGAAGGGUAGCAUGGUAGCCGAACUUGCGAAGUGGGGCUACCGUGAGCAACCAGCCAUGUCUCACUGCAACUUUGAGGACAUUGGGGAUGCCCUAAAUGCCCUAAAGAUCAGUACACUGUCGGAACCUGAAGGUGGUCUGAACUCCUGCUACAAAGUCCGCCAUUCGUAUGAAGACGACUACAGGGAUCUGGAUGGUGGGGUCAUCAGCGAGGAAGACCAGACUUACACAGUCGAAGAGAAAACGUAUCGGAUGACCGACGCUCAUGCCAUCAUUGGAGCCAACACCCUUAGUGGGGUCAUCUUCUUUGUCGACUUUAGGUCGGCUUCCCAUGCGGCUGGAUCACUCUGGUAUCCCGAGAUUCCAACAGCCGAAACACUGCCCAAGCUCAGAGCGAUCUCAGACAUCUCCUGGGCGUUCUGGAAUAGGGCGUGGGAGAAGCGAUCAGGGAAGAACCGCGACCUCGGGAACAUCAAUUUCUUUGUCGUUCACAACAUCGUCAACGAGAAGACGAAUCAGCUGAUUGAGAAAGCCUUGCAAGUCUAUGAGCCACCAGAGGGGCAGCAGCGGUUGACUGAGCUGCCAGAGUGGCCAGGACUGAUACUCGAUGUGGAAUCAGAGCCGGGCAAAGCAUUGUUGGGAUCUCCCAACGGUAUUGCCGCCGGCUACUUUCUGGCCCAACACAAGGCUGAGAUUGGUGCCAACAAGUAUGUGUAUCAAGUCCAAAUCUUUGAAUCAGUACGGGGUUUCGGACCAUCGAUGAUUCUACAUGUCAAAGAUGCGCUGGCACCUACAGCGGAUGACACAACACCUCCAGUAGACCGAAGGCGGAGUAAUGAUCUCAAUGGCCGUGGCCUGAUAACAGCAAUUAACUCAUCCAUUGCGCAGUCGCCUCCGGCUUCUAAUGAUGUGGUAAGUGUUAUAGCUAAGAAGAGGCCUGAUGAUGAUACGCUCUGGAACAGCUGCAAGUGUCGAGGCGAGAAGAUAACUCAGGCCUCCCUGCAGAACAAGGUUACCGCGACAAAGCUUGUGAAUCCUAUCGAUAGUCCGUGGGAGGGAACUAUGGAGGCAGAGCUGACGCUCUGGGGAUACAAACAACCCAAGGGUCUUGGACUGUACUGCAAUCUCGAUAAUGUCGCUGCAUCACUCAAGGAGAUGGGAGUCGAUACGAAGUUCAAAGAAAAUACCAAGAGUGCACAAAAUGAGUGCUACCAAGCUCAUCACAGCAGAGGGGGACCACGCGGACAGAUCAAAGAGCAGACCUAUGUCGUUGGCGAUAAGACCUAUCGGAUAGGCGUCAAUGCUCGCAAUGGUAUGAUCACGUUCUUCAACGUCCGAUCUGCGGCACAAAGCGCUAUGCAGAUCUGGGGUGUCGACGAAGUUACUGCCGAUGAGUUGCCAGAGCUCAAUCGAGUCUCUGAUAUCUCUUGGGCAUUCUGGAAACGCGCCCAUAAGGACGACGCCGGUCUGAACAAUAUUCAAAAGUUCUUCGUCCAUGAUGCCGUGAACGAGGAUACACUGAGGCUCGUUGGUGUGGCUUUGAAGACCUAUCAGGUCCCGGAGGGAGACAUUCGUCGUACUCGUCUUCCCAAGUGGCCAGGACUGGUCUUCGAUAUCGAAACGGAAGAGGGCAAAGUCAUGCUCGGAUCUCCGAAUGGUAUCGCUGCAGGAUACUUCCUCGUGCAACAUAAGACCCAACUCGGUUGCAACAAGUACAUUUACCAGGUCACUCUUUGGUCUGACCCCGAUGGCGAUGUCCAAAUGAUGUUCUGGGUAAAGGAUGCCCCUCCUCUGCAGGACAGACAGGAAGAACGAGACGACCGCAAGAGGUCGACACAAGAUGAAGAUAAUGGAGCCCAUGCUUUUGGCAAAACUGGAAGGGUUGUGAAGCGCAGCCAAGACGGUAGGAAAGCAAUCAGGGAGCACUGGAUACUCGCGAUGUUGUAA